UCGCACAUCCAAACCCUACAUCCAGCACACACACUCUCCGGAUCGAGAACUCGAGCUCGACGAACUCGGCGCUUCGAAGAUGUUCCGCAACCAGUACGACACGGACGUGACGACGUGGAGCCCGGCGGGGCGGCUGUUCCAGGUGGAGUACGCCAUGGAGGCCGUCAAGCAGGGCUCCGCCUGCGUCGGCCUCCGCUCCGCCACGCACGCCGUCCUCGCCGCCGCCAACAAGGCCAACAACGAGCUCUCCUCCCACCAGCGCAAGGUCUUCCGCGUCGCCGACCACGCCGGCGUCGCCCUCGCGGGGCUCACCGCCGACGGCCGCGUCCUCUCCCGCUUCCUCCGCAACGAGUGCAUCAACCACGCCUUCGUCUACGACGCGCCCCUCCCCAUCUCCAGGCUCGCGCUCCGACUCGCCGACAAGGCGCAGGUUUGCACACAGCGUUCAUGGAAGAGGCCCUAUGGUGUUGGCCUCCUUGUUGCUGGUCUAGAUGAGUCUGGAGCCCAUCUCUACUAUAACUGCCCCAGUGGCAACUACUUUGAGUACCAGGCAUUUGCCAUUGGCUCCCGCUCUCAGGCAGCGAAGACUUACCUCGAGCGCAGAUUCGAGAAAUUCAAUGACUACACCCCGGACCAGCUCAUCAGAGAUGCCCUCUCGGCCAUAAAGGAGACUCUCCAAGGUGAGAAGCUGACCAGCUCCAACUGCACCAUUGCUAUUGUGGGCACAAAGGAGGACGGCACCGUCGAGCCAUUCUCCAUGAUUGACUCCCAGAGGAUCCAGGAAAUAAUCGACUCCAUGGAGGCGGCCGAUGAGGCACCACCGGCCGAUGUGCCGAUGCAGGAGGAAGGGGGUGAUGCACCCCCAGCGGAUGCACCCCCAGCAGAUGCCCCUGCAGCGGACGCUGCACCAAUGGACAUCUAGUUGUCUGAUACAUGCCAUCUCCUUCUCACACCGCAUUCAGUGUUUCCCAAAGACUAGACUGUUGUUUUAGAAAGGUUGCCACCCCUUGUGUACUCUUUGCUUCUGUGCGACUACAGCUUUGCGAUGCUUGUGUUUGGACCGAUUAUAUUUAUCAUGUCACGGUGCGAACAUAAUCCUUCUGAAUAUGUUUUAUCAUCA